AUGGUGAUUCAUGAGUCCCAAGGACCAUGCAGUGAUUUGAGAAACUGGGUUCCGAUAGGUCCCUUUACCGGCUAUGCUUCCAUUUUAAAACGGUCAAGAUUUUUGAAGCCUGCUCAACAGCUUCUUGAAGACUUGUGUGGUAGUGUUUGGGAUCCUCCUCCAAUGGAUAGCUUAAGCGAAAAUGACAAUGAUGAAGACCCCAUCACUGGCAUUAGUGGGGAUGCAAUCCAGCAUCAGUGGAGGGACUCAAAACUCGCAUGCAUGCUAGAGGAGGUAUACAAGAAGUAUGCCCUGUACAGCCAGCAUAUGCAAUCAGUGGUGGAAUCAUUUCAAAAAGUUGCUGGGCUUGGAAAUGCCACUCCUUAUAUAUCAUUUGGUAUGAAAACCAUUUCUAAGCAUUUUGGAUGUUUGAAGCAUGCUAUUUAUGAUCAACUUCAGUUUACAAGCAAAACUACUCCUGCAGCUAACAAUUCUGGUGAAAAGGAAAUUUUUAAGUAUUCCACAUUUCUAAGUAUUCCACACCCUGUCCAACCUAUUUUGAGAUCCCAAAGAGGGCUUCCAGAUCAUGCUGUAGCUUUGCUGAAGAGAUGGCUCUUUGAACACUUCUUACACCCUUAUCCUACGGAUUCUGAAAAGGAUAUAUUGGCUCAACAAACUGGUCUUUCAAGAUGUCAGGUUUCAAAUUGGUUCAUCAAUGCAAGAGUUAGAAUCUGGAAGCCCAUGGUGGAAGAGAUGCACAUGCUUGGGGAACAGCAGGCUCAACCAUUAGAAGUGAACCAUAAUGUAAGCAUGCAUGUUGCUGGCCCAUUUGCUCCAUUACACAAGCCCAUAUGA